UGCUGCUCCAUUCUACAAUUUGCAAAUUGCAAUCGCGCUUGCAAAGCAGCCCGCUGCUCCGCCAGCACAACACCACGACCAUGGAUCCAAUGGAGUUGAUCCAGCAGCCCAAGCUGCCUGGUGUGCUGCAGUACAGCACGCCCGACACGCAGGUUGGGCCGUAUCGUGCUAGUGGCAUGCUCUGGAUCAACCCCAUCUACGUCAUCUUUGAGAGGGACAACUCAUCCAGCCUCCAGGUCAUGCACACGGAAGUGGAUUCUGUGGAACUGCGAUCCCAACCUGCGCAAGGAACCAUGAUGACCCUGCACCUGAAGACGUUUCGCCAGCUCCACUUCUGGAUUCCCGUCGACUCACACGCGAAGAACGCCGCCACAACCAUCCAACAGCUCAGCUGCCCAGCCAAGUACAUCUGGCUUCCUGGCUACCAGCCCAUGCCGUCGGACACAAACCUGGAAGGCUGGGAUCUCUUCAGCCUGGACGACGAGUACAAGCGCAUGGGCGUUGGCGAUGCACAACGCGGGAAGGUCACCUGGCGCCUCACCCACAUUAACAAGGACAUGAAGCUGUGCUCCACGUAUCCUCCAGAGCUCGUGGUUCCAGCGGAUGUGGAGGACGAAGUGCUGGAGCAAGUUGCGCGGCACCGCACGCACCGCCGCUUCCCCAUCGUCAUCUACCUGGACCCCAUCAGCCCCGGUGUGCUGGUGCGGUGUUCGCAGCCGCGCAUCGGGCCGCGCGGGAAGACGUGCUACCCGGACACGCAGCUGUUCCGCAAGAUCCGAAAGGCGUGCGGCGGCGGUAUUGGCGGUGUUAUUCUCGACACUCGCAGUGCGUCCCUCGCACAGACACACAAGAGCAAGGGCGGCGGGUUUGAGCCGACGGGGACGGGCACUCCGUAUUCGGGGUGGAAGCAGCACUUCUGUGACCUCAUGCCCUGCAAGGCGCUGCAGGCCGCGUUCACCCGAUUUCGCGAGGCGUGCCAGGAUCCAGCCAUUGACAUGUCUGCUCUCUGGUCAAAGGUGGAGUCGUCAGGAUGGCUGACACAGGUCCGCACUUGUCUCUUCGCCGCCGCCGCCGCCGCAAAGUCGAUUCGCGACAACGGUGAUCCUGUUGUGAUCCAUGGCGAGUCUGGGUGGGACAACACGUGUGUUCUCACUGCACUCACGCAGCUCCUCCUUGAUCCGCACUUCCGCACCAUCAAGGGGUUCAUGCAGUUGAUUGAGAAGGAGUGGUUGACGAUGGGUCACCCCUUUACAUUGCGUCACAGCCACUUUGGGCAUCCCGAUGCAUCCGAACGUGGACCGUUUUUCCUCCUCUUCCUCGACUGUGUUCACCAGUGUCUGCAUCAGUUUCCGUUUUGCUUUGAGUUUACGGACCAGCUGCUCAUUGAUCUCCACCGCCACUCGCAAGUCUCCGAUUCCGGGACGUUCCUGUUCAACAAUCUGCUUGAGCGGCAGAUGCUGCGCGACACGAAGCAAGCGCCGUCCCUCUGGCCAGCGCUGCUCGACCCAGCCACCGUGCGCAAGUACACCAACCCCGCAUUCGCCCCCGACGGCCUGCCGCCGCCCAUGUGGCUGCGCGUGUCGUACCGUGCACAGGCGGUGGACGUGUGGACGGAGCUCUACUGCUGGCACGACUUUGAGGUGGUGACGCCAGAUGCGCGGCGACGGCAGCUGCUGGCGGAAGCAAUGGGGGCACUGCCGUCGGUUGAGGAGGAGCUGAAGCUUGUGCUGGAGGAGGUUGCACUCCUUGAGAAGCAGCUGGGCGAUGGCGGCGGCGGUGGUGGUGACGAUGAUGAUGAUGAUGAUGAUGAUGGUGGUGAUGGUGAUGGUGGUGAUGGUGAUGGUGAUGGUGAUGGUGAUGGUGAGGCAGGUGAUGAGAACAGCAGCAGGGAACAGCAGGGUGGAGGAGGGAAAGCCAACGGCGUGGUUGCAGGUGACGGCAGUCGAGCUGACGGCGCCGAUGACAAUGACAAUGACAACGAGCAAGGCGGUGACCAUGAUGACGGUGACGGUGAUGACAACGACGAUACCGAGGAAUAUGAGGGCGAUCCACUGAAUGUGCUGCAGGACAGUGUGCAAAGUCUUGACGCAUCGAGAUGACAUGAGCGGGGUCUGUGCAUGUUCGUCGUUGUUGUUUCACAGCAUCGCUUUGAACUUCCUUCUUCUCUUUCUUUCUUUUUCGUGUUGAUGGCGAGGUUGCAGCUUUGUUCGUUGUUGUACUUGCGGGCCGUAAGCGUUUAGCUUGAAGGUGAGGAGGAGGGAAGUGGAACCACUAAAGCAAGCAGCCCACUGCUGCUGUUCUUCCUUUUGACACAGCCAAACAGC